GGGGAAGUCACUGCCAGCCUAACAGGAGGGAUAAUCCGCAUGUCCUUGAAGCUGCCACUUGGAUGUAUGAUAGUUUACGUUUUGUUGCAUUUACAUCUGCUAUGAAUUGAAAUUUCUGUUGACUGUUUUACAAAGACCUUUUGGAAUGAGUGCCUACAGCAGAAAAAUGGCCCGGCUCUCAGCCCGCAUAUUUGGCGAGGUGGCUCGUCCAACAAGUGUAAAAUCUACGAAAGUGGUGCGAAUCUUUAGCGAGAAACCAAAACAUUUAGACAAAAGGGUGGUAGAUUAUUACCCUCCUUACAAAGAUCUCACAAUGACAUUUGCUACUCUGAGAAAUUAUGGAUUGUUCCGAGAUGAACAUCAAGACUUUAAGGAAGAGAUGAUACGUCAGCGAGCUCUAAGAGGAAAAGUGAAGCCUAAGAAAGGAGAAGGGAAACGAGCACUCAAGCGAAAAUAGUGUGUGUGUGUGUGCUGCGUAUGAUGUGAAGGAAAAUCAACAUUGCAUGUGUUUGUGUGUGUGUGUACGCACACACAGAUAUGUUCAUGACUUUAAAAGUACAAAUUUUAUAGUUGAAAAGAAUUGAGUUAAAUUGUGCAAGUGUAUGGUUAAAAUAAAACAUAAUUCAUAAGUUUAUAUACAAUUUUCAGUUGAUUUUGUAAGAAGUGGUAAUGCUCUGACCACGUACAGCCAUAUGCCAUAUUUAUGCAUAUGUCUGCUUCAAUUUAUGAAGCUUAUCUUUUGCUUAAAACCAUCCUUAAUUUGCAAUUUAAGAAACUGAAGGUUGUAGGCACUAAUGUAGUGAAGAAUCCAUGAUGUGUUCCAGACAACCAAAACACAUUUUCAAAUAACACCUGUCAAAACUUUAAGCAUUGAAGUGCAUUUUACACACUAAACCAGUACCCAACUGCUUUUCAAAAAUGUGAUAUCCUGUGUUGCUAUGUUUUUCAUUUUUACCAGCUCCUCCAGCAUAACGGACAAUUUUAGUUAUGUUGACUUUCUCAUAAGCAAAAGCAAGCAGUGUCUGUUACUACCUCACCUUUUCAGGGUAUUUUAUCAUCACUUCCAUCUUCCAGUGUGUACACUUUUAUUGCUUCUUUUGUAUGACAUGAGAAAGAUGUUCUCAAAGAUGAUGCUGAAUGGGGUAACCUGCAUUCACCAAAUGUUUCGUCUUUAUGCUGGAAAGGAGGCAACUGUCUGCGAAAGUACACUACUACCUGCUGGAGUGUACUGAGUUAUUAGAAAAGUAAAGAGUAGAGCUUGUAAAGAACCUGAAACAUGUAACUAAUUUAUUCUAUGCAAGCCUAUAUAGGAGGCCAGUGGAGGAUAUGGAGAUAUCCCUUCACCUAACUGGCAGGGAGAUGCUGCUCUCUGUUCUUUAUUAGUCUCAUCAGAUUUUUUUUUUAUUUGCACUGGGCUUGGUGUGUGUUCUUUUGACAUGUCUGCCACUAUGCAUUUGAAGUGUGGUGUUCCUUCCAUCUCAGUAUCUUAGAGAUAAAAGCUCAGUUCCAUUGUGAUAGAAAGACAAUUGACACAUAGGCUAAAUUCCUUUUAACCUUUAACGUUAAUCAGUAGACUUUUGUGUGUGUUAUGGCUUAUUUUUCAAUUCAGUGUCAUUAAUGCUGGAAUCUACUGGCUUGAGAUUCCAUUUGCUAUAGAUAUUGUCUUUCUUUUUGUAUGGUUUCACUGAUAUGUGGGCUGCAAAUUACGGUUUAUGUUGUGUGGAAAUUGAUGCUAUGCUAUUGUUCUUUGGCCUGAAGUCCGCUACAUCCCUACAUCACUUUGUAAUGUCACCUGAAGCUGACACUAUUUUCAUGGAACACAGUUUGGAUUUAUACCUCUGAAUUCUUGGGCUGUGAAACAGCAACAAAAGGCUGAAUCGUCACCUCUGUCCACCCAUUGUUCUUUCAUUCCACAAGAUGAUCCUGCUUUCAUUUUUCCAUUUUUGUUGUAGUUUUUUUAACUGCUUAUUGAGCUAAUUACUCAAUGGGGAAAUCUGAUAGGUCAAAGGGAAAAUGCCUAUGGGAAAACUAUGGCUCUUCUCACUCACUAGAUAACACUCAGCCCAAUCUUCAGAAUGAAUCACCAAGUCUGCUCCAAAUCUCCAAAUCUGCCCCAUAAAGCUUUGGACUGGGCUGUCUGGUUGCCUUCAGGAGUGAGUAUUUUUUAAGGAUGUUUUUGGGCUAGGAUGGCGAGGGUUUAACUUUUUAAAAAUGUGAUCUUAGGAUCACUACCUGCUGCCAUCAUUCAAGAAUAUUAUAAGCAUCACUCUUGGGAAUGGGUCGCAUGGCUUCCAUUACAAGGGUCUUUUUAUCAUGGAAAAACACUUUGACAUUUGAGUCAAGGAUGGGUGAGUUAAUAUAUGCUCAAAUAGAAAGUUUGUUGAGAUUGGCUCAAGUAAAUGUGGGUGGGAGAGAAAGGAGGUGGCUCUAGAUUUGAGAAUAAUGCACUUUUUCAGAUGGGCUGUAAUUAUGUAAAGAUCAAGGGUGGAGUAUAAUCUCAAUUUAUGAUGUGGAGUAGUGCAACACUGUCAAGUUCUGCGCAACUAUCAGCCAC